AUGUAUUCAGCACUCCGUGUUGCCACUCGCCAAGCUGCAUCCCACCGGGGAUCGGCUGUGGCCUUCCAAGCCGUGAGAGCUGGAUCCACUUGGGCUAACGUACCUCAAGGUCCUCCCGAUGUGAGUUUGCCUUUCCGCACGACUAAUUCCGAGCAGCGUUGUGUUACCGAAGCUUUCAAGGCCGAUACCUUCGAGAAGAAGAUCAACCUAGGUGUCGGUGCCUACCGAGAUGACCAAGGCAAACCCUACGUCCUCCCCUCCGUCCGCGCCGCCGAAGAUAAGGUUAUCGCGAAGCGCUUGAACAAAGAAUACCUCGGCAUCACCGGUCUCCCCGAAUUCACGAAAGCCGCCGCCGAGCUAGCCUACGGCAAGGGUUCGUCCGCUCUCGAGCGUCUAGUCAUUACUCAGUCCAUCUCAGGUACCGGUGCUCUCCGCAUCGGCGGUGCCUUCCUGGCGCGAUUCUUCCCCGGUGCCAAGGCCAUCUACAUCCCUACCCCCUCGUGGGCCAACCACAAGGCAGUCUUCAGCGACUCUGGCCUCAAGGUCGAGCAGUACCGUUACUAUGACAAGAAAACCAUCGGCCUAGAUUUCGAGGGUAUGGUGGCAGAUAUUAAGGCUGCUCCUAAGGGAAGCCUAUUCCUGUUCCACGCUUGCGCCCACAACCCCACCGGUGUCGACCCUACCCCCGAGCAAUGGAAGGAGAUCAGCGAUGUCGUCAAGGCUCAGGGUCACUAUGCGUUCUUCGACAUGGCCUACCAAGGCUUUGCCAGCGGAAACACGGAUAAGGAUGCUUUUGCCGUUCGAUACUUUGUCGAGCAGGGUCACGACAUCGCCUUGGCCCAAAGCUUUGCCAAGAACAUGGGUCUCUACGGAGAGCGUGUGGGUGCUUUCUCCAUUGUAGCCUCGACGCCUGAGGAGAAGAAGCGUGUCGAAUCCCAAGUCAAGAUCCUAGUCCGACCUCUGUACUCGAACCCGCCGCUACACGGUGCGCGUAUCGCGUCCGAGAUCCUUAACGACGCGGCUCUCAACCAGCAAUGGCUUGGCGAAGUCAAGGGCAUGGCCGACCGUAUCAUCACCAUGCGCGCCCUACUCAAGGAGAACCUCGAGAAGCUCGGCAGCUCUCAUGACUGGAGCCACAUCACAUCGCAGAUCGGUAUGUUCGCCUACACCGGUCUUGAUGCCGCCGCGAUGGAGAAGCUGGCAAAGGAACACAGCGUCUACGCCACGAAGGACGGCCGUAUCAGCGUUGCCGGAAUCACAAGUGGCAACGUCGGACGCCUAGCCGAGGCUAUCUACAAGGUUAAGGGUUAAAUAGCACACCUCUUUUCAGGUGGGGAGUGAAAGGAAGUUCUGGAUACGAGGGUGUUAAACGCCCCUAUCUGGAUGUGCAACAAGAUAGAAGAAGUGAAAAAAAAAAAAGCAUGCCUGUUACGAUGAAUAGACGGAUGGACGGGUGGCGUAGUGGAUCGGUCGGCUGAUAGACCUUUUCGUUGCGAAUAUUCCUCAGGGACGAUGGCGGGGAACCAUCCUCGAUACAUCUCUUGCUGUUUUACUAACCCCAUUUUUCCCCACCUUGUGCAUCUACUUGGCUUGUCUUGCUAAUAUACGGUGGACAACCGAUACUUGUGAUACCAAUGCUACCUCUAGAUAGGCGAAUGAAAAAUUUAUUGCCAGGACCA